CACUUCCAGCCUGGAACCACCAAACCACCAAGCUCCGACUUCCGUGCCACGCGGCGAACUCGUCGUGCUCGUUGGUUGGUGCCUUCGGCGGAUGGGUGGGCCAUGGUGCCAUGGCGCUGGCUGGGCGUGGGCGUGCUGUGGAGAUGUGGCUCUUCGGAAGACCCUGACCUGCUCGCUGAGGUGGCUCGACUGAAGGCGGAGGUGGAACGGCUGAAGGCGACGCCGUCAGCGACACCGCCAGCGGCGUUUGGGUACAGCCAGCCAGGACAACAAUUCUAUGGCGCUCCAGGCCAGCAGGGCUUUGCGGGCCAACCCUUUGGCCAGGGUUACGGCCAAGCCCAACAACAGCAGGCCUAUGGGCAAGCUUAUGGGCAACAGCAGGCUUAUGGCCAGAUGUAUGGUCAGCAGGCCUAUGGCCAGCCCCAUAGCCAGCAACAGGCCUAUGGCCAACAACAGAUGCAUGGCCAACAACAGAUGUAUGGUCAGCAACAGAUGUAUGGCCAGCAACAAAUGUAUGGGCAUCCGCCCUAUGGCCAACAAGGCCAGUAUGGGAUGCCGGGACAAGCGUAUCCACAGCCUGGCCAGAUUCUGCCCGAGUCCGACGUGCAGCAGAGUGCAACACAACAGCUGGAAGCCUUGCGCCAGUCGCUCGGUGGCUUGGGGGGCUUGGGGCCCAAAGCCGCAGCGCCCAGUGCACCGCUCGACGGCUGCUCUUCCAACCCUCUCUUUGCCAAGCUGCAUGGCACUCUGCAGAAGCUCGCCUUACUGGAGCAGGAUCCUGUUGAGGCUUCUUUCCAAAUCCACGAGGCUUGGGAGGAGAACCCAGCACUCUUCGAUGAAUGCCCCGCGGGCGUGGUCACUGCGCUGGUCUACCUCAGCAUCGCACAGGACAAAGACUGGAAAUAUCGCCUGCUUCACCGAGCCACGUACAUGCUCUUCUCGACGCCAGGGCUCUCGGUCAAAAUGACCUCGGGUCGAUGGCCGAUGUCCGAUAGGCUCAUCAGAACCAUGUACCACAACUCGGAAGUCACAAACAAGCUGCCCCUGAAGCUGUCCGAUGUGGAGGUGCAGCCUGGAAGUCCUACGGCUUCAGUGGGCGUCUUCAAUAGCGCCGAGGCCCUGGAGCUCUCCCGGAGGCAUAGAGACACAAUAGGCGUCCACUUCAAGACGGUCCUCUUUUACCAUUUCUAUCACCAGGAGCGGUCGCCCUGUGCGUGCCGCACUCGCUCGUGGUGUUUGCCGUUUUGGACCAGGUUUCUGACCAACAGCUCCGUAGAUGUGUGGCUCGCUGGUCGAGACGAGCACAAGACGCUCUUCAGAAUGGACCGAGAUGGCUGUCUUCGGAACACGGGCCGCAGCUUGGCGUCGAACUACUUCUCAGAGCCCAUUGAUCUGAUGUUCGUCUUCGAGAUCAACGCCUUUAUGCAUCCCAUCGCUCGAGUGGUCCCGGCCAAACGGGUCUUGCUGUAUCCGACGUACGACCUCUCUGACGAGCAGAUUUCCAACUUUGAGGAUUUGGGUGUUUCAGUUCUUCCUGACGAUGCUAUCCUGAAGCCACCGAACCCUGCCUUCAGAAAGAUCCUGGAAGAUGCCGUGAUGAAUCGACAAGCGCGUCUCCUGAGACCCAAGGACCGCUUACUACUGCUUCCAGCAGACAUCCGGCCGAUCAAAGGACAGCUGGAGUUCUUAUCUGGUUUGCUCUUCGAAGGCGCCCGACGUCCUUCGGCCGUGCAGCGCUUGCGCGGGCUGACGCUGGUCGUGGCAGGCGGCUGCGAUGGCAAUCAGACCUACUGUGGUGAGGUGGUGGCCAUGACUCAAAAGAUCAACGCCGAGAAUCUCUUGAACGUGGUCGUCGCCGACCAGCUCAAGGACGAGGAACUGGCGCAGCUCUUCACCGCGUCCCUCGCGGUGGUGCUCCAGCCGGUGAUUGAUUGCAACCCUCGGGUGAUCUACGAGGGGCUCUUGACGGACACGCCCUUCUUCGUCACUGAGAGUGCUCGAUUGCCGGCGGCGAUCCAACACCUAGGACACAUCACGGAUGGAGACCCCGGCAUGGUCGCUGAGAGGUUGGCCGACUUCGUGGAUCUCUGCGAGGCCGGCGGCUUCAGCGGACGCGUCCGGGACUUUGCGCUGAAGAAGCUCCACGAGGUGGACAACUACCGCUGGAUGGUGGAGUGGAUGGAGACGAAGUACGUCACCGGGAGAGUCGCCGAGCCCACGAUCCGGGGCGAGGAAGCGUUGGAUGGUCUCGGAGGUCUUGGUGGGAACUUAGCAAGCAUCCUCCAAGGAGGGCUGGGUGGUGGCGGUGGUGUAGCCGCAGGUGCAAAUCCUGCCAGCAGAAAUGCAGGCGGCGCUGGCGCCAGUACCGGUUCUGCCGCUGGCUUCACCAUGCGGGAGCCUCUCCGCCGGUGAGAGCAGGCCCUCCCAGAUCCCUGCAACUGCUGCGACUGCUGCGGCUCCAAGGCCGAAGAAGGUGGCGGCCGAAAAAGGUGCGCGAUGCCUCGCGAUGCAUCCACUGCGUGCUAGGCUCUUCUCUGGCCUGAAGAACGCUAAGUUCACCGCUUUCCACGUGGGAAGACCGCCGCAGACCGCCGCAACGCACCGAACGCCGAAGUCGACCGGCCACGUGUUCCCCUCCCC